UCAAAGAUCGUGCGUUGUGCGGAAUUCGAAAGUAGUUGCUAGGAUGCGGAAUAUUCCCCGACGUUUUCUGCCAAGGGAAACCAAAAUUCCGCCGCCUCGUUCUCAGCGGAAACUCGUUAUAAAAACGUCUAGCUUGACCUCACACAUUACAAACAGUGUACGUUUACAAAGGCUUGCGAGCGACUUCCCUUUGCAAUAUCGUGGUCUGUUUCAAGGAGUCGCUUUUUCCAGCGACCAUACGGUAAUUGUUGGCGUUCUCGCUAAUCAAAGAUUAGUGUCAGCGGAGUACUCCCCACGCAAUCUUUCUAUCAGAAAUGUUUGAAGUGCUCGAGUGGCUCUCUGCAUCUUGGUCGCCGCUCUCCUUCCUGUUGUCUGUGUUUGUAAUCGCAGUCUUUAGUAUCACAGCUGCUUUCAUCUUUGUUCUGGGAAGAGCCUACACUCAUGUCCGUAACUUUGAUGGUCCACCAUGUCAUUUAAUCAAAGGACAUUUGGAACAGGCUACAUUUGAUGGUCAAGGGCUUCGUUUUCACCAAAAGUGUACAGAGCUUUACAAGACAGCUUAUCGUAUUUGGUUUGGACCUCUCAAAUCAGCGGUCGUUCUCUGUCACCCUGAUGCUGUGAAACCGUUGCUGAGGACCACCUUCAAAGACCGAACUGUCAGCCACUUAUUGGCUGCUUUUCUGGGUGUUGGUCUUGGUCUUCAAGAGGGAGAGAGAUGGAAAAAUACGCGGAGACUUUUGACCCCUGCAUUUCACUUCGAAACUAUCCAACCAUACAUCAAAAUUUUCCAAGAAUCUGCGGACGUUUUAUUGGCUAAAUGGGCAUCUUCCCCGAACAGUGAAGUGGAGCUCUUUCAUGAUAUAGAAUUGUUGACCUUUGACUCCAUCUUGAAAUGCGCCUUCAGUUACUGGAGUGACUGUCAAGUGAAAAGACCUGACUCCUUCAUGAGAGCGGUUCAAGAAAAUACUCAAGCGAUUAUGGAUCGGUUUCGGAGACCUCUGCACCAUUCGGAUUUUGUUUACAACCUGACUUCUGCGGGAAGAAAGUUCAAAAAGAAUACUGAGAUUGUUGGUCGCAAGGCAGAUGAAAUUAUCAAGAAAAGAAGGCAGGCUCUGAUGGAACGGCCAGAAGAAGAGGCUUUGAGAAGACAAGAGCAUUUUGACUUUCUCGACAUUCUUCUUGAAGCUAGGCGUGAUGAUGGACAGGGUUUAACAGAUGAAGAGAUUCGAGCUGAAGUUAGAACGUUCAUGUUUGCCGGACUUGAGACAGUGACAAGCGCAAUUAGCUGGAUCCUGUAUUGUUUAGCCCUCCACCCGGAGCACCAGCGGAAAUGCCGGCAAGAAAUUGAUUUACUUUUUGAAAAUGGAAAUGAUUUACAUCGAGGAAAUCUUUGCAAUGUUCCUCAUCUCAAGCUUUGCAUCCACGAAUCAAUGCGACUGUACAGUCCUGUCCCGAUUAUAUGUCGUUUAUCGGACAAGGAAUAUGAAAUUCAAGGAAGAACUCUUCCGUCAGGUACCUUUCUGUAUGUCAAUAUCUUUGCUCUUCAUCGUAACCCUCACAUUUGGAAAAAUCCAGAGGUUUUUGAUCCUCUAAGGUUCACGGAAGAGAAUAUCCAAAAAAGGCCUUCACACGCUUUCAUUCCAUUUUCAUCUGGAAGGAGAAACUGCAUUGGACAGAAUUUUGCAAUGACGGAGAUCAAGUCUACAAUAGCUAUGAUAUUGCAUCGGUUUGAGCUUACAGUCAGUAAAGAUUCAAUGGUGUCCAUGGACGACCUUCUCACAGUGCUCGCAUUACGUAGUAAAAAUGGACUAAAAAUCAACAUUAACCCAAGAGACAACAAUCAUAAUACACCAACAGUCUCUUUUGAACAAGCACACAUAAAGUGCUAACCAGACAAAAAAGCGUAUAUUUGUAAAAAGCUAAGUACUCCCUCUAAUUUCAACUACAUUCACGAGAGUCCCCGUGGGAUCAAAGCAAUACUACACACCAAAACGUCUAAUAAGCUAUUUAUUAUCCCACUGCUUUUCUUUUCUGCUAGAUGUUUCUGCUCAUUUCUCAUAAGGCAAGAAAAGCAAAGCGGAUAGAGAAACGCGGCGUGCGCACUUGACCGGUUAAACAGGUUUUUUUUUUUUUUACCGUGCAAAUAAUCAACUGUACAAUUCGCAGGAUAUUUGUACUCUCCUCGCGCGUUAUUUGAAUUUUUUUUAGAUGCAGUUGGGUAAUAAAUAAGAAUACAGUAAAGGGACAUUCAGGGAUUUUUUUUUCUUCAUUUCAAAGGAGAAGUUCUAAAUUUUAAUUAUCAGAAGUUAAGAAUGUUCAGAACCUUACAUCCUUUUUCAAAGCUCAACGGAGCAGGAAUCAAAGCAAGAACAAAAAUUUUUCAACUUCAAAGUAAUCAAAUGGUUACCUUUACUUAUUUAUUUUUGCAAAGCAUACGUGCUGUAAGCGUGGAAAAGAUAUUCUACUUAAAAUGGAUAUCACAUGUAAUGAAUGCCGAUAUCUGACCUCACUCACUCAAAGCGUCUUUUUAUCCGCUUUUGUUAAUUUAGUCUCUUAAAGGGCCUGUAAACCCAAGAAUACAUGUUUUUAUUAUUCCAUGUAAAAAGUGUCAUAGAAAACGAAUUUGCAAUUAGUUUUGCCCAAUUCGACUUAUUUGAGGAGAAAAUCGGCAUUUUAUACUGAAAUUUCACUUCCGGUGAAAACAAUAGAUAGAGAUGGUAACGUAAGCGGUGGAACUAAAAAUAUUGCGCAACACGGACUUCACAGUAGCAUUGGUAUGGCAGCUCGUUCAAGUAGCAGUAGUUUUGACGAUGUUUUGUCAGAGGGAAGGGACUCGAAUGCCUUAAACUUAUAUGACAGCGAUGGGGAUGACUCAGAACCUUUAGGAGAGUCUGGGCCACGUCCUUAUCAACAUGAGCCCGCGUAGAGUUCACCGAAACGAUCCGCACGAAGACAACACAUAGCGAUGCAGAUCGUCUCGGAAACACAGACUGGUAUUCAUUGUGUAAUUUAUUUGUUUUUGACCUGAAAACUUAAUAAAGCAAGUUUCCAAUCCAAAAGAAUGCGACAGAAGUUUUUUAACUUGAGCGUCCGUGGGUGUUUUAUAUAAAAUUGUCAAAGGUGCGAGUGUGGAACUUGUCAGCCAAUGCCGACAACACAUGAAAGUGUCGGUUGUGCGGAAAUCGGGCAAGUGUGGCAAAAGGUGGAGGAACAAAGGCCUGAAACCCAAAUGACUUGUAUUACUGAGUAUCCAGGUUUUCAAUCAACCUGCCUCGAUGUCUGGGUGCUGGAGACGGCCUAUUACGCGUACAGGCAGCAAUACGGUGCAGAUAAUCACACCCAAAACGAGUAAGCGAAAUUUUUUAUUUUAAUCUGUUUUUUAGAUCGAUUUGCUGGAGUUAUUUGUGCUAUUGAUUAAAUAACACAGUGCUAGAGCUAGUUAUUUUGCUCGCUCCUGGGAGGAAAUUUCGCUGCAUUGCCUACAGACUAGAUGGCAGAGCGACCCUGACAUUUUUGCCUAGAUAACCCCAGCACCAGCGAGCCAGCUGCGGUAAAUAAAAUCCGAAACACUUUUCCAGCUGAUUUUGGAACUUCUUACACUGGAUUAAAAUCGACAAACCUUUGACAGAAACAAAGGUACAUGUAAAUGCAGAUCAUCAUUAUUCAUGUCCUACAGCACUAGCGGUUGGUGCCUGUUCGAUAGGAAAUAUUUACAGUGCUUUCCUUCAUCUCCGAAGUAUUAUUGAUAAACAAGUUGUAACGUAAUUAUUUGCGAGGGUGGUCCUGUAUAUAUAUAAUUAUCGAACCUUUUUGUGUUUGCUUCGAUUGGAAAUAUAGAGAGAUAGUUUCGCUAGCUGAUCUCUGGAUCUUUUAAUUUCUAUUCAAAGUAAAAAAAUGUUUCUCUAAUGUCCUUUGAUUACAAAUUCACCGCUGUGUAAGCCGUGACACAAAUUCUCUAACUGCUACUUCUUUGCAGGGUUUCUCAAAGAAAGCAGCAAGCGGGGCUGGCAAAGAUUCUCUACGAAGAUUUUUUUUGACAGAGUUUUGUCUCUCCCACACUCGCCGUAGGUGUUUGUGGAAUAUUUAACCAACUAAAUUCCAGAUCGCAUUGUAUACCGACAUCAACGAACUCUUUCUUUAUACGUGUUUCGGUUUCCGGCAAAGGUUCAAACAGGUCAGUGUCUUUUUUGGGCUCAUCACUAGCUCCCUAACAACUGGUUUCCCCAUAAUCUUUUAACAGCUGAGAAAGAAAGGUGUUUUAAGAGAACCUAAAAUCUGGAGGUUUCCUCGUAAAUCAGUUCGGUACGCACCCUGUUAACUUCCAACUUUUGAAGAGCUCUACUUCUCCUCGGUCGUUUCUCAGUACGGUCAGUCACCUCUGGAUCUUCGCUGUCUGCUGAAUACAAAGGUCGCUUAUUUACCUCGGAAGAAUUUUUUUCUGGUAGGGCCUGAAUCGUCAGCGCAGCAACAGGAAGAAGUAGCUUUUGCUAGCUUUUAAAGACCCAUUUCGACCAUAUAGCUUUUCCCAUAGCAAUCGGGAGACAAAUGACUGCCACAGACAACAGAAUGUUUGGACCGCUGGUCAAAAUCGGCUCUUUUAACUUGAACAAAUUUAACCCAUUGUCGCUUCAAAUUUGCUUCUUUUGGAAAUUUAUGCAUUGUAUGCCCAGUUUUGUUUGAAUUACUACAAAACUGGACGACACAAUGCUUUACCAUUACGAAAAAUUUUAAUAUAAUCAACCAAAUUAUAAGUAAAAAAGUCGUGACUAGACCGGCAAACAGGGGCUGCGAAGGAGACUUGCACAUAUCUCACGCGAUCGUAAAAGUAAGCUUUUGACUUCAUUACAGGAGGGUUCUACCCGUGACGUCACAGGAAAGAUGGCGCAAUUCAAGAUGGUGAAUGUUUCGAAUUUGGAAGAGCUUUCUCAGGGUGAAAAUGGACUUUUGAGAAAAAAACGAAUUGCACAUUUGAAGUACUUUAUAUAUUUGCUAAACAGCAAUGUGAAAAGAAAAUGUACGAUUUUUGGGUUUACAGGCCCUUUAAGACGGGUGACUGUCAAUGCCCCGCACGACACAGGGAUCCCCAAAAAUCCAUAUUAGGUCACAGCAUUUAAUAAUAAUAAUAAUAAUAAUAACAAUAAUAAUAAUAAUAUAUUUAUAGAACGCUUUAACUAUUGGUCAAUAUUCAAAAGCGCUGUACAAUAAGAAUAUCAUCAAAUAGACCAAAAGUCACAAUUUAAAAGCCUUUUUAAAAAGAAAAGUCUUCAGUCUUUUUUUAAACACAGAAAUACUGCUACUAGAUCUAAUAGCCAGCGUAAAGAGUUCCAUAGAACCGGUGCAGCGUGGGUGAAAACGCGACCCCCAAAUGUAGAGCAGUUGACUCUGGGAACUGACAGAAGAAACUGUGAGGACAAAGAGAAUAGUUGGAUUCGGUUCUCAGAGACAGAAGAUCGUUAAUAUAAUCUAGAGCUUGGUCAUGUAAGGACUUAUAGACAAUUAGAAGCAGUUUGAACUGGACUCGCAACUCUAAGGGGAGCCAGUGUAGGUCAGCAAGAGCACAGGCGUUAUGUGGUCGAACUUAGACAAUUGAAAAACAACUCUAGCUGCUGCGUUUUGGACUUUCUGAAGGCGAUCGAGUUGAUAUUUAGGUUGGCCAAAGAGAAGGGCAUUGCAGUAUUCAAGGUGAGAGGAUACAAAUGCAUGACCAAUGUUUUUGUCGUGUUAACAUUGAGGAAUUUCCUAAUCUGUCUUAUUUUAUACAGACCGUGAAAAGCUUUACUACAGGUCUUGCCUAUAUGUAUAUUUAUACGCAUUUGGGCAUCGAACCAUGAUCCAAGAUUUGAGGAAGGAAAAGAAAUAUUUAAAUUUAUAUUUGUACACCAGAUAAGCUUGCCUAAAAAGUAAAAGCUUACGGCCAGACCUCUAGCCUUGAUCACAUAGUGCAAUUUCCUGAGAUGGCUCAUUUAACUAGACUGGUGUUUCAGUCCAGUUCAAUUAAUGAUAUUUGAACUUACCCUUGUUCCUAACUGGACCAUGUUCUGUUCCAUAUGUGCGUUACGAGAAUCUCGAUAGCCAUUUUACGGGUAACAGUUAUUUGACGCUUUAUUGUAUGACACAUUGCAGAUAGUAAAAUUGAACUUUUACGGUUGACAUGAAUAGCAUAACGACCGAAAGUUAAAAUUUGUCAAUUGUUACGCCUAACGUUCAAGCCCACUGAAACUCCGAUCAGCGCAAGACACGACUAGAAACGAAUGACUGAGCGUUUUCAAAAUAUCAUCAACCCAAUCACUUGUUGAAACAGUUUAAGUGUUUAUUAAAUUACAUGGCAUUCCUUGUCUUGA